GUUUUGUGUUUUUCUCUUGCAUAAUAAAUAUAUAAUUAAGAUUGGAGUUUGGAUCUCUUUAGCUGCAACUCUUUUCUUUGAUCUAAUAAAACUUUUAAGGGGAAAAGUUUCUCUCCCAGAAAUAGCAGGUAAAAAGCUUGAACUGGAUUACAAAUUCGUUGUGCAUUUUUUUCUUUCGUAUUAGUUUUGAGUUGUAGAAAGGUUGGAACUUCAUAAGAUUUUAGCAAAAAAAAAUAAAGAACUUCAUAAGAGGAGAAAAAAGAACAUAUAAGGCACACAUGACACAACGGAACACGUCAAAAACGUAAUCAUAUAAAUAAUUAUAGUUAAUGAUGUGAUUCACAGAGCGUAUGGAAAAAUACGAGGUUAAGAGAAUGGAGUGAUCCGAGGACUGUUCCUUCCGACAAGACAACCUUUGUUUCUCUGCCUCUUCUUUUGUCUUUUUAUUAUUAUUAUUUUUUCUUAAAAAGAAAAAAGAAAAAAGAAAAACACAGCACCAGUUUAAGAGCUCUCUUAUCGUUCUCUCCAGCCUCCCACAGAAAAAUAUUUACUUGGAAGACUAUAUUGAGCUUCGUUCCAUUAGCCACUGAUCAAUAAGUUAUAAGUACAAAUGUCUGACCAUGUUAUUGGAAAGAGUUGUGUUGCUGGGUAUGAAUCUGUUUGGUUGAGUCGUUGGAUUCGGAGAGGUAGUGCAUACGGGUUAAAGGCUCAUAGUAACCGCGAUGCCAAGUGUUCUAUGAAGACACACUUGCCAGAUGAUGAUGGUCAGCUAUGGAAGGAAUCAACAGGUUCCAUAAAACUUAAGGCAAAAACGUUGAAUAGGUCUCUUGAUCUAUUUCCUAAUCUUGGUUUCCGCUCAAAGGAUAAGGAAACGGAUGAAGAUUUCACCAAGAACCAAUCAUCUACUGAGACUGAUUCUUUGCAGACAGAUAAACUGCCUCUAUCUGGCUCCAAUUCUUCAAAGGGCUUGAGAAUUUUGCAGGGCAAAGAAAGGGUCGAGAUAAUACCUGACAUUAACAAGGAACCUCUUAUAGUUGCGGAUAAGGAAGGAGAAACAAGCAGUUCAGCUACUCAAAGAAUGGAUGUUGAACACUUCGUCAACAACACCAUAUUACCUAAAGAGUGCAAGCGUUUACGUUUGAGCCCUGACACCAACUGUAGAUCACAAGUCAAACGUCUGAAGACAAACGCCUCGGAGAAUGAAACCAAUAGCAUGAUGGUUGUAGAAGAAGGCCCAUCCGUGGAGAAAAUGAACUACUUCUUUCGCAGAAUCUUUAAACACGGAUCAGGAAGAAAUCAAGAAUCUUCCACAUCACGUAACAGGAAUCUGACUAUGGGAGGAGAAAGAGAAGACGUGAAGGCUCUGCACCCAUGGAUUCAGAGAUGGUGCAAGAAAAAGUCUACAGAGACUCAUGAGAGAAGAGGAGGGCAACAAGUUAACCCAAAGAGCUUUGCGCUACAGAAGCAGUUUCCAAGAAUCGCAGCAAUGGCAUUGAUGGGGAAGGCUCUGAGAAGGUUUAAACCCGAGUGGUCUUAGAAAAGCCAACUCCCUGUCAUACCAAUCUAGCUGGUGUCAGAAACACAAUACAAAACCUGAAUCUACUUCAAAUAAACUCAGGAAGUGUGUCUGAAAAAGCAAUAAGUCUCAGCUCUCGUUAUUUUCUGUAACACGUAAUAGUAAACUUCCAUAAUUUUGCUUCGAUAAAAUUAUUAUUUUUCUCCAGCA